AUGGCUGAGGACUUCCCAGUCAGAGCCCAGGAUGAGAAGAAACAGGAUUCGGCGUUUCCCACCAUGUGCACGCCUACCAUUGGAGACAUCCCUGUCUACCGAAUCGACAUGGGAAAGCCGGCUGAGGAGCGCUACAUCCAGCUUGCUAAAGAUUUCGCUCCUCAGAUAAGAAGUGUCAGCCCCCUCUUUGACGAGGUCCUGGAGUCCCUGUUCAGCAAGAAGCUUUCAGGCUUCUUCAAGUUUGCAUCUCGCCAUGCAAUUCGCAAGGUCUUCAGCAAGGAGCAAACCAACGAGAUCAAGUCCAUUGCCAGCACAGCCAAGACCAGCACCCACCUGGUUAUGGCACUCAACCUGUUCUUGGACUUGCUGCUAGGCUGCACCUCUGGAGCAGCCCUGGUGCAUCCGACCCCCGGCAAGCAGAGCGAAAAGGACAACACGGACCGCCUCAUGCAUUUCCGUACCCUUGAGUGGGGAAUGCAUGUCUUGAGAGACCUGCUGGUGGUUGUUGAGUUUGUCAACUCAAAGAAGGGAGGCAAAGAUGAGGUGAUUGCUAGAUCGGUCACAUAUGCUGGCUUUGUUGGCUGCCUCACUGGUGUCCGCAAGGACCUCUCCAUCUCUCUUAACUUCAGACCGAACCACGACUGCAAGACCUCUUCUCUCCGAAAGCACCAACUGCUGGUCCUCCUUGGCCGUCGUGAGGCAGUUCCUUCCAUCCUCCGACGCAUCCUCCUGAAUGAGGGCUUUGACGACAAGAAGUCCAAGGGAUCCAAAGACAAGGACACUGGCCUCAACAAACACAGAAAGGAACCCCUCACCAUUGCAGCUGCAGUUAAGAAGCUUGCAUUUACGCCUGCCUCGCCCUGCUACGCGACCUUUUGUGAUGGAUCAAAGGUGAUGACAGUGCUGAAAGACCUUCACAUUGGAAGAGCGAAAACAAGCACUGUCUUCCAGGUCCAAUGCAACCACGACCCAGACCACAAGGUCUGCUGUGGUCACCUCACCAACACCAACACCACCAACGAGGCUACCCAAUCCCAACCCCAGGCCCCGGUCGUGGGAGAUGGAGAGUGGCUGUACGAGUCUGAGAAUCGUCAGCGAGCUCUCGAGAUGAAGUGGAUGCGUCACAUGGGAGCCGUCACCAUCCGGGCCGGCGCGGCACUCGAAUGCGGACGAAAUGGCAUCUGCUUCAACGUCGAUCUCAUGUCCGAGACUGGCGCGGAUGCCGAGGUUCCCGGAGUCAACGAGGCGACGCUCCAGCAGUGGAUUGAGGCGUACCCGACCACCAACGAGUGCACCCACUUCUCGUGCAUCAUGGACCCGGUGUACGGCACCAUUCGUUGGAUCGCCCGCGGUCCCGAGGCUUCGGACUCGUCGGUGUAUGCCAACUAA